GUCUCAAUAAGUCUACUCCGAGCGGUUAAUUUUUUAUUCAUGCUCCAGCUCAUAAUUGAUUCCAUCUAAUAGAUUGCCAAAUUUUCACGGUUAGCGGUGAAAGAGUGUUCAGACUAAUUAUUUCGUGACUUGCCCGAUAUAUUAAAACAAUCUAUUCACCUGAAAUGGAGCUCCCGGGGAUGUACAGAAAUAUAUGGAUUACGAUUUUAGCAUUCCGAAAUGUCGCUCUCUGCUUUUUAUAUGCUGGGCUACUAACGUUACUUCCAAUUAUGGUACCUGGUAAGCCAGCAAGAGGAGGCUAUGUUUUACUUCUUAUGACUGGUUUAUGGGUGACUGAAAUCAUACCGAUUUAUGUGACUGCUCUAAUCCCAUUGGUGUUUGGACCACUACUUGGAAUAGCACCGGCAUCAACUAUUUCUCCCUCUUAUACAAGAGAUACAAACAUGCUGUUUUUUGGGGGUUUAAUGGUGGCGUGUGCAAUAGAAAAUAAUUAUGUUCACAAGAGAAUAGCAAUUUCAUUUUUAAAACUUGUAGGAAGUGAUCCAAAAAUGCUUAUGUUCGGCUUUAUGUUACCUAGCUGGUUUCUGUCUAUGUGGAUGAGCAAUACUGCUACUACAGCCAUGAUGAUAACAAUUGUGGAUCCACUAUUGACCGAUUUGAUGAAAGUUGAUGAAGCAGAUGAAGAAGAACAUAAUGACAGUAAUGAAUCAACUUUAGGUUCAGUGAAGCCUGAAAUUAGUAAUGGACAAGAUUCUCAUGUAUGUAAUACCAACUUUGUACAAUACCAUAAUCCCGUUGCAACGUCUAAAGCUUCAAGUGAACAAUCGAAAUUGAACCGAAUGAGUAUUGGAUUUAGUCUCAGUAUUGCUUAUGCAUCUUCAAUUGGAGGUGUAGCGACAAUCAUAGGUACUCCACCUAACUCCAUUCUACAAGGGAUUACCUUAAAUCAAUACGGUGAUUCAACUGGUUUGAAUUUCGGUACUUGGAUGGCUUACGCACUUCCGCUUUCAGCUUUCAUGUUCCUGUUCGUCUGGAUUUGGCUUAUCAUUUUGUUCUUCGGUCCAAAAAGUUUGUGUAAGUUUAAGCAGUCGAAAAGAAGGAAAGAACGGUUAGCCCAUAUAUUAGAAGCAGAACAACAGAAACUUGGAUCAAUCAAAUAUUGUGAAUUUCUGUCUGGCGCUCUUUUCCUAUUGCUUACAACAUUAUGGAUGACGCGAAAUAUUGGGUCAUCAGGAUGGGGGAAGCUUUUUGUUGACCCCUCUGAUCCUAAAACAUCAAAAUACAUAACAGACAGCACCCCAGCUAUCUUAAUGGCUAUCAUGACACUGAUCUUACCAGCAACUAAUCCAGUUAAGCUUUGGAAACAUUGGAAAAAUUGUUACAAAACUAAAACUGAGCCAGACCCAGAAAUAACCCGUGUCCUUCUUCCCUGGAAGGUAGCAUUGGUGAAGUUCCCGUGGGGUGUAAUUUUGGUGGUUGGAGGAGGAUUCGCGCUGGCAACUGUAAUGCAGGCUUCUGGUUUGACGAAUGUGAUUGGAGAAUAUCUUAGCGUGCAUCUGAAAUACAUUCCAUUUACGAUGUUAAAUAUAGUCUGUACACUUACAGCAGCAGCGAUGACUGAGUUCACAUCCAAUUCAGCUACAGCUUCGAUUAUUUUACCCAUUAUUUAUGGCUUAGUAAGUCACUCAUUGGGUUUUUAUUCAUUUGAUGAAUGGAAUUUUUACCAUAUCUUUUCAAUCAGUUUUCUGUAACUUUAAGGUAAUUAAUUAUUAAGUGCUGUAAUUAAUUGUUAUACUAUGACGAACAGGAUCAGUUUCGGCCAGUAUUAUUAUCUACUCUACAUCUAGACCAGACAGUAUUAGGAAAUUUUAUGGUUUACAAGAUAGGUUUGCAGUUUUCCUUCGUCGUAACAUUGAACUCAUUUCACUAACAUUUCUGUUAUAUGGUUAUAGUUUUAAGUGAUCCAACGGAAUUGGCUGUAUUAUUUUUAUUCUUCAUAAAAGACCUUCACAAACAAUUAACAAAACAAUACACUACUGAAUGUAACAUUCGAAACUUUUCAUGAGUGUUUAGGUCGGCAUUGUUGCGAGAUAGAACAUCAAAUUCCUUCUAUGAUAGAUGCUGAAAAUGUAAACGUUGUGAUCUUAAACAAAACCCAUUAAUAAUCAUAUAUUGUUUUAGACGUUUCUCUUUCAAGGACAAUAGUUAUUGUUUUUACUUGGUACUGGUUAACAAUAUAAUUCGAAAUGAUGAGCUACUAGUGAAAAAAGUGAUUGGUUGAGUAGACCUGAAUACUACUAAAUGUUUGUGUUCUUAUGUAUUUAUCUAUUGCAUAUUUAAAGCUAUGAUUUCCUAAAACUAGUAGUCUGGCUACUUCAUUUGGGUAAGUUAGUGAAUAAUUUUGUCAUCUGAAGCCAAGAAUAAUAGAGAAUAAUGUUUAUAGAUUGUCACAUACAUGCAUCUGGAUGAUUAGUUGCUAAUGCAACAAAACAUCCAACCUCGAACAUUAUGCUGACCAACACUGAAUGUAAUAAAUGCAAAACAGAUCACUUCUUAACUUUCAGAAGAAAGUUAAUCAAUAUACCACUAAAAACCACGAGAAAGGGGAAUUUGUUUUCAAUUUUGUUUCAAACUGCUCAAUGAGAUACAUUUUUUGUCCACAUUUGACUAUGUAAAAUAUCAAUACAUAACAAGUGAGUAUUAUAUGCAAUCGCAGUAGUUGUGAACAUGACGUUAACGUAUUAAAGAUUAGGAUCUGUCUCGUCACAUUUUAUCUCAGAUGACUGUCAUAUUAUAGAGAAAUGGUUUUUCGUUCUGCGGAGCAGUUAUAAAUUCCAAAAGUGAAAUUUCAUUCUGAAAUAUACUUAAAAGGUUUAUUUAUAACUAUAUUUCGAAACAUUCUAGGCAGUGUAUGUUAUUUCAUCAUACUGAAUUUAGUAUUUUAUGAAAAAUUAAAAAUACUUCAUUGUCUACAUUACCAACUACAGCAUGUGAGUAUUUUAAUUUUUAAAGAGCAAUGUUCUAGGCUGUCUUUUGUUUACUAAUAUCAUAAUUGUCAGAGUGCUCAAACUGCAGAACAGCUGGACAAGAUGACCUAUAGAUUCCAACAGUCUUCGUUCAUUUUUUCACAACUCGUGUACGCUUUAUCGAUGUCUUAACAAUUACAGUUGUUCUAAUACAAAAAAUUAUUUAUUGCAGUGCGAGGGACUUGCGAUCCAUCCCUUUUUGUUAGCGUUCCCUGUAACUGUUGCAACUUCAUAUUCAUUCGCACUUCCUGCUGCUACACCUCCUAACACUAUUGUUUUUGCCAAAGGAAGAGUUCGGGUUAAACAUAUGUUAUUGGCCGGGAUCCCAUUGAACAUAGUGGGCGGCUUAGCUGCUGUUGCAGCUGUGUCAAGUUACACGGUGCCGAUAUUCGGGUUGAAUGCUGUGCCUUCUUGGUUUAUACCUGUGACGAAUACAACAAACACCUGAGUUCUUUGUGGACUUUUGUAUCUCUUUUGUUAAAAUAUGUGAUUUAUAUUCACCUC